AUGCGCUCUUCAUUCACGGCCGCGGCCUUGUCCGCUCUCACAUGUGCAGGACUCGGCUCAGCAGAGAUUCAGCAGAAAUGCUCAACGAGCGACAUCUGCUUCAGCGUGGCCGUAACCGAGGCCGCUGCCUCGUCAGGUUCCGGAAAUCUCUACUUUCAGAUCCAGGGUCCAACGACGUACUCGUGGUUGGCAAUGGGAACCGGUUCGCGCAUGUCGGGUUCCAACAUGUUUGUCGUUUACACGGACGGGAGCGGCAAUGUGACGGUCUCGCCGCGCCUGGGCACCAACCACGUCAUGCCGACCGAGGACACGUCGUCCACGGCCGCCCAACUCACCUUGCUGGCCGGCUCGGGCGUCGAUGGUGAUACAAUGCGCGCCAAUGUCCUGUGCACGAAUUGCAACAGCUGGGACGGUGGCUCCCUGAGCCUUGGCAGCACCAGCGCCUCCUUUAUCGCCGCUUGGCACAGCGGUGCCGCCCUCGACACUACGGAUGCCAAUGCCGACAUUUCGCAGCACGACGGGACGGAUGGCUGGACCGUCAAUCUGCAGUCUGCGACCGUGUCUUCGGAUUCGAACCCGUUUGUGGCCGCAAGUAGCAGUGGCGGCGAUAGUUCGUCCUCUGGUGAUGGCAGCAGCGACUCUGGAAGCAGCUCUGGUAGCAGCGGUUCAUCCACGGGGUCAGGCACCUCGAGCAGCGGAAUCAGCGGCAGUAGCGGACCCAGCCAGAGUUCAACUGCCCAGCUCAUCACCGCUCACGGCGUCAUCAUGGCCAUUACCUUCAUCAUCAUGUAUCCUCUCGGCUCAAUCCUCAUGCCGCUCCUUGGCAAGUGGGCUCUCCAUGCUGCUUGGCAAAUGGUCAGUUUCAUCCUGAUGUGGGUUGGUUUCGGAAUUGGUGUCGUGGCUGCCCAACGGACCUUUAUUAACUUCUCCGCCACUCACACCAUGUUCGGCACCGCCGUGGUCGUCCUCAUGGUGAUUCAACCCGUGCUCGGCUUCCUCCACCACCGACAGUACCUCAAGACGGCACAACGCGGCGCCAUCUCUGCGGCCCACCGCGCCUACGGCUCCAUUCUCAUGAGUCUCGGCGUCAUCAACGGCGGUCUGGGUCUGCAGCUGGCUGGCGCCUCGCGUGGGGCCGUGAUUGCCUAUGCCGUGGUGGCUGCCAUUGUCGCUGCCGUGUAUCUCGCGAUCAAGGUCUUUGUCGCCGCUCGCAGGCGCCGCGGGUCUUCGACCCAUCGUCGUGGUUCAUCUGCUCGAGCUGGAGAAAAGAUUGGGGGCAGCCGCCGUGAUAAGUAUAAUCAGACCCACGGCGAGGAGAUUGAGAUGCCGAGAAGGUAG